GCACAUGCAUGUACCUCGGGCCUGCAACUCGUUCUAGUCCACAAUUGUCGCGAGUUCAGCCUUCGCCAUUCGACAUCGCUCGAGUGCUGCAAGAAAGAGCCGCUUCUACUUCUUAUCUUUAUUAGGGCAACGUUAACCCGACAACGGUGCUAUUUGACAACGGUGCUUCGCACCGCCGCGCAAGCUCACUAUGAGCGACCACAAGAGAUCGCGGGAGCUUGUCACAGGCCUCGUCGUCGCGAUCGGGACCGUGUCGACCUACCUCGUGUGGAGGAAAUACUUCGCCCCCUAUUUCGGGAGCAUAUUCAGCCGCAUCGUCGAUCGCGUCACCGACCCCGACUGGGAGAAGAACGAGCAAACUAGGAAAAGAGCUCAGGCCAACCUCCAGAGGAUAAGACUGAAACGGCUCGAGGGAGGCGAUGAUGACGGUGAUGAUGACGCGGACGGUUCUGGUCUCAGGCGCAGGAUCGAGGCCCUGGCUCUGAACGAGUACGAGAACCAGGUAGCGCUUGAGGUCGUUGCGCCCGAAGAUAUCCCGGUCGGCUUCGACGACAUUGGCGGCCUCGGCGAUAUCAUCGAAGAGCUCAAAGAAGCCGUCAUCUAUCCGUUGACGAUGCCGCAUUUGUACAGACAUGGUGGGGCGCUGCUGGCGGCACCCUCUGGUGUUCUGCUGUACGGACCGCCGGGCUGCGGCAAGACGAUGCUGGCCAAGGCGGUGGCCCACGAGAGUGGCGCCGCCUUUAUCAACCUGCACAUCUCGACGGUAACGGAGAAGUGGUAUGGCGAUUCCAACAAGUUGGUGCGCGCCGUCUUCUCCCUGGCGAGGAAGCUGGAGCCCGCCAUUAUCUUCAUUGACGAGAUCGAUGCCGUCCUGGGCACACGGCACAGCGGAGAGCACGAGGCCAGCGGCAUGGUCAAAGCCGAGUUUAUGACCCUCUGGGAUGGACUCACAUCCACCACCGCCGCUGGCGUGCCUGCGAGGAUUGUCGUCCUCGGCGCAACGAACCGGAUCAACGAGAUCGACGAGGCCAUCCUCAGGAGGAUGCCCAAGAAAUUUCCCGUCCCUCUCCCCGGGCUGGAACAACGGAAGCGUAUCUUGCAAUUGGUGCUAGGAGACACAAAGCGCGACCCAGAGCACUUCGACCUGGACUACAUCGCCCGGGUAACCGCUGGCAUGUCCGGCAGCGAUAUCAAGGAGGCAUGCCGAGAUGCGGCCAUGGCACCCCUGAGAGAGUAUAUCCGCCAGCAGCGGGCGUCCGGCGCAGCGGUGUCCCAAAUCGAUCCCGAGCGCAUCCGGGGAAUUAGGACCGACGACUUCUUUGGUCGUCGGGGAGGGCACGCCAUCGCUGAGACGCGUUCACGCACAACCAGCACUGCUAAUGGGCCAUCUAAAGCAUCGAGUGAUGAAUACGAGGAUGUUGAGGAGGAUGGUCAAACCACGGUGACUGCAUAGACCACGGCCGCGACACCCACAUACACAUACAGAGUAUAUGUCACCUAGAGAUAUUGUACCACAGUAGGUGCACACUUCCCAUGUGCCGGCCUAAACAUCUUGACGGAGACGCGGAACAUCAACAAGCAGGGGAGCAAAUGCUAUAGAAUAAUGCGCAACUCGAUGCCGCAGUGAGCAUCUUUCCGUUGCCAUGUGCGUGCCACUCGUCGGUUUUCGGUCGCAGGAGCACUUCGAAAAAGGGGCACACGACACGCCCGAUCUGUGUUUUAUCACCUAGCAACACGCCACCCAGGGCAUAGUUACCGUCAAUUGCCGCAAUCACUGGGCUGUAGUUUUCGGCUCUGUUGGCUCCGUUUGGAUUGUGUCCGGC